UUUACUGGGCUUGUCCAUCGUAGUGCCACAGAGCGUGAGGAAAGUGGUGUGAAAUAAGGAGGCGAGCGCUGUCCGUGUUUUCUGUUUGUUUUGCUGUCCUUUGGUGAUUUUUCCCGUACCAUCUCUUGGCUAGCGCAUAUUUUUCGCUUGUUACAUCUGGUCUUUUGAAAAUGAAGAGGAAUUCCCGUUCACCUUCUCAAAGGCAUUGAUUGUAAGGACAUUUCGGGGCAAAACGGACUCUUUCAUGACGGAAAAUCUCUAUACGCUAGGGAAAAUAUGACUUGGAUUUUCGGUGGACGGACAACACUACGGUUCUUAUAAGGUUUGCAAAUAACCAGUGUAGCGUAUUUACUCACAAAGUAAAUUAAUCAAAGAGGAGGCUUCGGCACAAGAACUGUGAAAACUACUGCUGACAAAGAACAUCGAAGUCUUCUGAGGAUAAUGCAUGUUUCACUCCUGUCGCGUUCGCUGUAGUUCAUGGACCCAGGCAAAUUAAGGGGAAGAGGAAUACUCUUAAUUAAGAUACCCUAUUUCAUAGGUCUACUUUACGAAAAGUUUUUUAAAUCAUACAAUUAAGUUAUUAAGUUGGUCUAGGUUAAUUAAUUAUGACAUUCUUCCUUUUCACCUGAAAGCUCAAGACGCACCUUUUCACAUCUCAUAAUAAUUUGACUAAUUAGUUGGUGCUACUUAAAAAUUGAACUCCGAGAAAGAGCUAUUGUCUAUCACCGAUGUGGGUACAAGCACAGUCAAUGGGCACACGACCCAGCUGACAGUACCUCCGGAAUCCCCAUCCAUUUACCAUUUUGAGCACCUUGCCAUCUGGAAAAAAUACAAAGCCCGUAUUUUCGCAGAGAUUUUUAACCAACAUGGAGCUCUUGGCCAGGGAUGUCACCUUGCUUUGGAUUGUCCUCCUGAGGUGCCUGCUCCUAGCACGGACAGAGGAAGAGGUUCUGAUGAACACGAAGAUGGAGACCUCCGACCUGAAGUGGACCACCCAUUCUCUGGGGAAACCUGAGUGGGAUGAGAUCAGUGGCCUGGACGAGGAGAACAACAGCGUGCGCACCUACCAGAUCUGCCAGUCGGACGGCACGGUGAGCCACUGGCUGCGCAGCAAGCUGAUCUCGCGGCGGGCGGCGUCGCAGGUGUACGUGGAGCUGCGCUUCACCAUGAUCGAGUGCUCGUCGCGCAGCACGCCCCACCGCAGCUGCAAGGAGACCUUCAACCUGUACUACUACCAGAGCGACACGGACGACGCCACCGAGUCGCACCCCGCCUGGAUGGAGAACCCUUACACCAAGGUGGACACCGUGGCGGCCGACUACCUGUUGCGCAAGGGCGGCGAGCGCAAGUUCAACGUGAAGACGCUGCGCCUGGGCCCGCUCUCCAAGAAGGGCUUCUACCUGGCGUUCCAGGCGCAGGGCGCGUGCAUGGCGCUGCUGUCCGUGCGCGUCUUCUUCAAGAAGUGCCCCGUGCUGGUGCGCUCCCUCUCCGUCUUCCCCGAGACCGUGCCGCACGCGCUGGUGCAGGAGGCGCAGGGACACUGCGUCGCCAACGGCAACUACAAGGGCGACGCGCCCAAGAUGUUCUGCGGCGAGGACGGACAGUGGGUGGGACAGCUGAGCACCAGCUGCGCCUGCCAGCCGGGCUACGAGUCCAGCGACGGAGACCUCCGCUGCAAAGCUUGUCCAGCGGGGCACUUUAAGUCCUCCAUGGGCCCUGGAGUCUGUGCCCCCUGUCCCCAGUCCAGCAGUGCAGCUGAGGCUGGAGCCGCCUACUGCAGCUGCCGCCUGGGCUUCUACCGCUCCCCCACCGACACGCCAGACAUGCCCUGCACACGCCCUCCCUCAGCCCCGCGGAACAUCAUCCCCGACGUCAACGACACCUCGGUCACCCUGGAGUGGAGCGACCCGGUGGACAGCGGCGGCCGCUCCGACCUCAGCUACGCCGUGGAGUGCACGCUCUGCCCUCCGCCCGGGGCCUCCGGGGGGCCUCCAUGUGGGCCCUGCGGGGACAGCGUGAGCUACCGGCCCUCGCAGCGGGGCCUGGUGCUGCGGAGGGCCACGGUCUGGGGCCUGCUCCCGCACACCACAUACACCUUCACCGUCCACGCCCUCAACGGGGUCUCCCAGUACAACAGCAAGGGCUUGGCCAGCGACUCGGUCAACAUCACCACCGGCCGACACGUGCCAGUGGUGGUGACGGGCAUCAGGAAGAGCUUGACCUCGGAGUCCAGCGCCACUCUGCAGUGGCCCGUGCCGGCGCAGACCCACUACAACAUCCUGGAGUACCAGCUACGCUACUGCGAGAAGGAUCGUCUCCCGGAGGAGCAGUCGUGUCGCUACAAGGAGAGUGACAGUAACAUGGUGGUGCUGAGCGACCUGCGCAGGGCCACGCUCUACGAGGUGCAGGUCCGCGCCCGCACCAUGGCCGGCUUCAGCAACUUCAGCCGCGCCUACUCCUUCCGCACCCUGCCCAACGAAGAUGACUCCUCCUCACCGCUUCUGGUUACCGGGGUCCUCAUCGCAGUGGGCAUGCUCCUCCUCAUCACUGUCAUCAGCAUCGCCGCCUUGUGCAUACGCAGACAGAAUCGAUUGAAGGACCCUGAACUGAAUGACAAGAAUGGGCAGUAUCUGAUGGGUCAAGGUGUGAAGGUCUACAUCGACCCCUUCACCUACGAGGACCCUAAUGAGGCAGUGAGGGAAUUUGCCAAGGAGAUCGACGUGUCCUUUGUCAAAAUCGAGGAGGUCAUUGGCGCCGGUGAGUUUGGUGAGGUGUGCCGCGGCCGACUGAAGAUCCCGGGCAAGAAGGAGAACUACGUGGCCAUCAAGACCCUGAAGGGGGGCUACACCGACAAGCAGAGGCGGGACUUCCUGGCCGAGGCCAGCAUCAUGGGCCAGUUCCAGCACCCCAACAUCAUCCACCUGGAGGGCAUCAUCACCUCCAGCUGCCCCGUCAUGAUCAUCACAGAGUUCAUGGAGAACGGAGCGCUCGACUCCUUUCUGCGGUUGAAUGACGGGCAGUUCACGCCCAUCCAGCUGGUUGGUAUGCUGCGUGGCAUCGCCUCGGGGAUGAAGUACCUCUCCGAGAUGAGCUACGUGCACCGCGACCUGGCAGCCCGGAACAUUCUAGUCAACAGCAAUCUGGUGUGUAAGGUGUCCGACUUCGGCCUGUCCAGGUUCCUGCAGGAGAACUCGUCUGACCCCACCUACACCAGCUCACUGGGAGGUAAGAUUCCUAUUCGCUGGACGGCCCCUGAGGCCAUCGCCUUCCGGAAGUUUACCUCCGCCUCUGACGUGUGGAGCUAUGGCAUUGUCAUGUGGGAGGUGAUGUCGUUCGGAGAGCGGCCGUACUGGGACAUGAGCAACCAAGAUGUGAUAAAUGCCAUCGAGCAGGACUACAGGCUGCCCCCGCCCCCCGACUGCCCCACGCACCUGCACCAGCUCAUGCUGGACUGCUGGCAGAAGGAGCGCACGGCCCGGCCCCGCUUCUCCGCCAUCGUCAGCGCUCUGGACAAGCUCAUCCGCAACCCCGCCUCGCUCAAGAUCACUGCCCAGGAGGGAGCAGGGCUCUCUCACCCCCUGCUGGACCAGCGUCCCCCGCUGCCCCCCUCGUCCUGCGGCUCGGUAGGGGAGUGGCUGCGGGCCAUUAAGAUGGAGCGCUACGAGGAGAACUUCCUCCAGGCCGGCUUCACCUCCACGGAGCUGCUGGACCACGUCACCACCGAGGAUCUGCUGCGUAUGGGGAUCACCCUUGCCGGGCACCAGAAGAAGAUCCUGUCCAGCAUCCAGGCCCUGAGGAUUCAGAGCAAGAGCCCAGGCAGUGUGCAUUUCUAAGGCAACCCCCCCGAUGACAACUCAGCACCCCCCCCC